AAAGACCGACGAGAGCUAUAUGUACUUGCACUUUACGUAGCACGCAGUGUGGUGGCCCUCAAAAAUUUAAUCAAUUCUUCAAUCACUUCCCGUCUAUUUUACAAAUACCAAUAAAACAACAAAACACUCGUUAUCACUCAACACCUGAUUACAAAAUGAUAAUCCUCUCCGAAAAGUAACGGCCUUUUAACAUAACGUUGUUAUCUCAUUAUUCUUAAAAGAAAGACUCGAGAUUCGAGAUAAAAGGUGGCCAAAUACUAUAGUGUGUAGUUAUAUUUUGUUGACUAACUUCACAUAAUAACUUAUAGCAUCUUGUUGACUGUAUCUAAGUUAUCUAUAUCAACAGCCUCCUGGUGUCUCAAGACACAAGAGUCUUUUAAAGAAAAGUUGUUUGUAUAGUGCUACGUUUCUCUAAAAAGAAAUACUUUUGUAAUAAGUGUAAUAGUUAUUUUGAGAAAUAUGGAAUUUAAAAAGUCGAGAUUAGAUUUGGAAGGUGGUGGUGGAACAAUGCCACAGGAAACGAAUUCUUCCACCCCUUCCCCAGCUCAAAGUCCAUUCAAGGGUAGUGGGGGUGGUGGUGGUGGGCCGUACCGAGGGCGAUAUACCCGUUCCUCGCUAGGAGGAGGAGGUUUGGCGACCGCAAAUACGUCCAGUGGGGGAAGCAGCAGCAGAUUUUCGCCUUACGCCACCAGUCGCGACCGACCAGCGAGAAGAAGUAUUCCGGUAAUCACGGCCCAAAGGGAAGAUGUGCGGCCAGUGGGGGGAAUUGGAGGAGGUUUUAACUCAUCGUUCUUUGGAAGUACGUCCUCCACAGCGCAGAAGAUUAUGGAUACGCUGGCGUCAAUGUCUACCCCUGUUUUGAAUGCUGGAAGAGUUCGGGUUGACUCUAUUAAAACUGUGAGACCUAUUGGUAUGAUUGGCUCGUCGUCCCCAUUCAAUUCUUCUGGAACGUUCUUGUCGGCUACGAAUAAAUUCAGUGGACCUCCGAAAACGUUGAGUCCGCUACUUAUUCCCCUGACUGCAUCCGGAGUACGCCCCGAUUCUGAUAAGUCAAUGUGGUCGUCAAAAUGUUUGAGCAUUCCACCAAAAAUGGUUGACUGUGGUACUUCCACAGAUGAACUUUUUCCAUCAGAUGAAAAGACUAAGCUAAGCAUGGGCAUGAGUCCCAAUAAUAAUGUUUCUUCGCAAAGGAGUUCUACUAUUCUUACAACAACAACACAUGUAAAAAAUCAUGGAGGAUCGCUUAAACUGUCAGAUUUGCUAGCAAAGUCAAGACCGGUGAAUGGGGAGUACAAGUUCGAUAAGCCAUUAUCUUUGGGAGAUAUAGACAAGUAUUUAGGGAGUGAUAAAUAUAAGAAAGAUCUAGAUAAGAGUAAUAGCUCAACUUCUGAUGGGACUGAUGAUGAUGAUGAUGACGACGCCAAUGAAAAUGAAGACUCGAAUAUGAGUAACCAUAAAAUUCCAAAUGGUGACAUCAAAUCAUCCAGGACCUCUACUUCUACUGAAUCGAAAAUGAAACCUGAAACUAAACCAUUUGCUCAAUGGAGUACACCAAGUAACCAAUGGGAAUGUCAAGUUUGCAUGGUGUUCAACAAUCCUAGUGUUUCCAAAUGUGCUUGUUGUGAAACACCGAAUCCAAAGGCAAAGGCUGAUAUCGUAGAUAAAAAAGUUGACAACAAAUGGUCAUGCCCAACAUGCAUGGUGUCAAAUGAAGCUUCUGCUGCAACAUGUGUAUGUUGUACCGAAAAGAAUCCAAAUUUUGUAGGGGAUUCAAAAUCGAAAGAUUUCUCUUCAUCGUCACAGCCACCUGUAUCGACGUCAACAUUCAAAUUUGGGUUUGGAUCAUCAACCACAAGUGCCGCUACGCCAGUAACUGGUUUUACCUUUGGAGCAACUUCACCAGCCAAAACGGUAGAGAAUGACAAGAGUGCUUCAGGUGGGUUUACAUUUGGCUUUAAUAAGACUGCAACAUCAACAACGACAAGCAAGUCGAAUGCGACAGAGAUGCUGAACAGCAACAAAAUUGAUAACAGUGUUGGUAAAAAUAAUGCAUUUACUUUUGGGACUCCUCCUACCUCUCUGUCUAAUUCGUCGUCUUCGUCUGGAUCAAAUUUCAAGUUUGGAGUUACUGCCAGCGACGAAGAAAAUUUACUUAGCAAACCUAAACCAAUCGAAUUGUGGCAAUGCCUUGUUUGCCCUGCUCAAAAUGGCAUUAAAAUCUUUACCUGUGUCACUUGUGGAAGCCCUCGACCUAGAGAGUUUGAUAUUGGCUACGUGAAACCUGACAAUAAGAUAUCACCAGACACUAAAUUUCAACCAGUAUUUGGAAAGAAAUCGACUCAGCAAGAUGUUACGUCAUCAUCGCCCCCACAAACCGGCACAUUUACAUCAACAAUAUCACCAGCCGUUACUUCCAGUUCAACAACGUUUGGUAAUACUUCAUUUGGAUCUUUUGGUGCAGGUGCCACUGGAAAUCCCUUUGGUGGUGGAAGUGGCAACACGGCAAGUUUUCAAAUCCCAUCAGUUGCUUCUUCAGGCUCAGGAGGAUUUGGUAACACGACAACAACAACUACAAGUUCAGCCACCACCAGCUUCUCAACUUCAACCGGAAAUAACUCUUCAGCUUUUGGUGGGGGUGUAAACCAAACACAAGUCGACGGAGGAAACAAUACUUCUUUAACAUCUGCUGCUGGCAGCGGUGUGCCAAGCUUUCAAUUUGGUUCGCCAAAGCGAAAACACGAUGAAUCUGAACCUGAAGGUCCCGCAGAUAGUGCAAAAAAAUCUCUUCCGUCAUUUCAGUUUGGAUCCUCGUCAACAAAUGCUCCAACUCUUAAACUAAAGGAACCUGCAGUUGCAUCAAUUCCAAUUUCUGCUUCCUCUCCAACUCCUCAGCCAGCAGCAAAUCCUGCCGGAUUUUUGGAAGCUUUAAAAAAUGCAAGUGCUGCAGUGAAAGCAUCCAACGAAAAACAACCCAGCACAAUGCUGACACAACCCGGAGGAGGAGGAGGAAGUCUUACCACAAAACCUUUCCAAUUCGGAACUAACAAUAGCAGCAAUCCUACUACAACAUCAGCCAACACUUCAACGUUUGGAGCUUCUACUACAGGAAACUCAUUCAAUUUCGGAAUUAGUGGUGGUAGUAGUAGCAAUGCGCCCAAUACUUUCGGAUCGCUGCCAACUCAACAGUCAACAGGGUUUACUCCAAAUCCUCCAAUAAAUAAUCAAUUCAAUUUAACCCCGAAUUUCAACUUUGGUGCCACUGCGCCCUCGUCAACAAACACCUUCACCUUUGGAGCUGCAUCAAAUCCUCCAUCUUCAAACAGCUUUUCUUUUGGGGGAGCACCCGCAGGUUCUAACGCUCCAAAUGAGGGGCCACCGCCAUUAUUCCAAUUCCAAUCUAAUCCUAGCACUGGAGGAGAUAUAACUGGAAGAAGAAUAAUUAAAAAAGCUACGCGAAGAUUUCGAUAAAUCACUAAAACAUUGUUUUGCCUUAAUUUAUUGAAUGUUAUAAACUACUCAAACUCUAGAGAUAAAUCUAAACUAUUAUACGUCAAACGUGUAUAAAUGAAAAUGCAUAUAAGAUAUAAAAUGAAAUAUUUAUUCAUUGGACUAUA